AUUCGCGACACUCAUCAAGUUACACGAUGACAGUUUUCCCGAAGAACGUGAUUCGUCGAACGUAAAACGACGUUGGACGUGACAAUUGGAUGCUACAGAGAAUUUUAAAAAAUAUUACUUAAUAUUUUUAAAUUUCUCCAAUAAUUAUUAUACGUUGGACGAAAAAACAGCAAUUUUUCUUUAAUUCGCUUCUCGCACCAAGAGUCAUGAGAUCGCAAACGACUAGAGAUGCUAGCUAUUAUUAUGUUAUCGCAUGAGCUGAAAUAGUUGUUGCCUCCCCCCUUUUUUUCUUUUUUGAAGUCGCAAUAAAAUUUCUGCGAACGACGAUACGGCAAAUAAAAUCGGGGAGAGAUGAGCGACGAGCCUAGUUUUGGAUCUUAUGGUUUCUCCGACAUCUCUUACUUACGUUGACGUUUCGUCCUCCGGCGGGAAUCUCGAAAUAUUCAUGCUCUUUCCGUCAGAUCAGCCUGAAAAUGCGGCCGAAUAUCCUGAAGAGCAGCUUGGAGAAUGCUUCCUUCAGCAUUAUAUUUCAGAUAUUCUGUCGCUGUAUCACGUUUCUCUUGAAUGCGUUUGUCGUCCGACAUGUGGGUCAAGCUAUCUUAGGUGUCAUUAACGUGAGAUUAUUGUUACUGGAAUCUAUGAUAUUGUUUUUAUCAAGAGAACCAUUCAUGAAGGCCUGUCUGACUAAUACAGCGGAGCAUAAUUGGGCCCAAGUUGUAAAUUUACUCUGGCUGACGGUACCCAUAUGUCUCGUCAUGUCUUUCUUAUUUGGAUACAUUUGGUUAUUUUUGCUCUCUACUGCAGAGGCGUUACCACCGUAUUAUACGUUUGCAGUAUGGGCAGUCGGUCUGUCAUGCAUCAUAGAACUGUCUUCCUUAAUUGUUCAAUUAGUCGCAAAUGCAUUUUUAUUUGUUAGGCUUAAAAUAAUUCUGGACACAAUUAUGAUUGCUAUUCGCACUAUGACUUUCGUUCCACUAAUAUUGUAUUAUCCAGAAAAUGCGUUACUCGCAUUUGGUAUAGCUCAGCUCGUUGCAGCAAUAUUUUAUACAACUAGUCACUAUGUAUAUUUUCACUACCACAUUGCAAAAUUGAAUAAAUGCACGCAGAAACGAAGAAUGUCCUUGAGAGGCAGUAGUGAUGAGUUCGUGGUAAGAGAGUUUCCCUUUCACACAGUGAAGGACUUUUUACCUGGCCAAUUGGAAAAUAAUGACUCAUAUCUUGAUAAAAAGUUAACUAUUCUUACAUGGAGCUUCUUUAGGCAAGGGAUACUGAAGCAAAUUCUGACAGAAGGCGAGAGGUUGAUCAUGACUAUAAUGCCAGUAUUGACAUUCACAGAACAGGGUACUUAUGAGAUUGUGAAUAAUUUGGGAUCGUUAGCUGCUAGAUUUAUUUUCCGUCCAAUCGAGGAGAGCGGAUAUUUUUACUUCACACAGACAGUAAAGAGGGAUAAGUUAAUAUCCGAUCAAAAUCCAGGGGAGAUACAAGAGAGUGUGAAUGUGUUGACACAUUUGUGUUCAACCGUUACAUCUAUUGGUCUGAUUGUUCUAGUAUUCGGUCAGUCCUAUUCGAGCACAUUGCUCUGGCUAUAUGGUGGCUCGAAAUUGACCUUACCUCUACCCGUUCUUCUGCUAAGAGCGCACUGUCUUGCUAUAUUAUUGUUGGGAAUUAACGGCGUGACGGAGUGUUACACUAACGCGACAGCUGACAGCGCGACUAUAAACAAGAGUAACAUCAUCAUGAUCUACGAGUCUAUCGCGUUCCUGGGCGCAUCGUAUCUGUUCGCUACUUGGUUCGGUCCGGUCGGUUUUAUUUUUGGCAAUUGCGUAAAUAUGAGCCUACGAAUCAUAUAUUCAGCGAUGUUCAUCAAUAAAAGACACCGAGACACAAUAUAUCGUCCUCUACGCGGAUUAGUUCCGAAGCCUUUGUUCUCGGCAUCUCUACUCAUUGCGGCAUUCAUUACUAAUCUAUCACACGCUUAUUUCUUCCCAGCUGAAAAAAUAUUGCAUCUAUUCGUUGGAAUAAUGAUGUUUAUGAUUGUACUUAUGUCGUGGAUGUAUGAGAAUUACGAAUUGCUCAGGCUUGCUGCAAACAAGUGGUACAAAAGAAGAAACAAACAGGGAAAAAGCGACUGAAAGUUCUGUAAAUUAUUUUAUUUAUAAUACAUAUAAACACAAAC